AUCUCGGGAUAAUGAAAGGCUGGAAGAGAUUUAUUAUCUACUCCAACGUGCUCAUUCUACAGAAUUAAAAACGGAGGCUGGGAGAAGUUCUCUGUAGGCUAUCAUUAAAGUAAACAACUAAGGGGCCAUCCCGUUUCCUCCAGGCGGGACCCCAUCUCUGGCCCUGCCCCGCCCUCCCAUUUCCGGAGGAGACUCUAAAGAACCAAUAAGAGAGGAAGCAGCCCCUCGCUGAGAGGUUAGGGACCAACCCCCACCCCUGAGCUAACAGGGACAUUUCCGCUUCACUUUACUACCAGGCCCGCGUGCCAUGAGAAGGGUCUGACAGACACAUGCGUAGUUCAAUCCUCUAGCAGUGUUGCCAGGGCUGCCAUUGUCUCCAAAGGUGAAUUGGUCUUAACUGCUGGGCCCUCACAGCCUAAGUGCCUGGCCUUCAUAGUGGAGGUGAGGAUCAGAAGGAGACUCAUAGAGGAACCCCCUCGAGUCCUCCCUCAUUUUUCAAAGAAUGUUUAAAAAAUUUUUUAGUUUAAAGCAGAAAAAUACCCAGCCUCAGGCUUGCUCCUCCACCACACCGCGGAGGGACAGUGGAGUUGAUGGAACAGCCAUAUCUGAGGGAUAUCAUCUGAAUAAAAAAGAUCUGGGGAAGCUCCACAGAGCAGCGUCUACAGGAGAUGUCGCAAAGGUGCAAUGGCUGCUUCUCUUGAAAAAGCAGGAAAUCAAUGAAACAGAUAAAUUGAACCGGACUCCUCUGCACCUGGCCUGUGCCAGUGGAUAUCCAGAUGUUGUGUCUCUCCUAGUAGAGAGAAAUUGCAGCCUAAAUGUGUGUGACGGGGACAGUCGAACUCCCUUAAUUAAGGCUGUACAGUGUCAGCAGGAGGAGUGUGUAGGUAUCCUGCUCAGCCAUGGUGCAGACCCCAAUGUUGUGGAUACCAGAAGCAACACUGCCCUUCACUACUCUUCCCUAUGUCACAACACAGCCAUAGCAGCAAAGCUGGUUGAACACAAAGCUGAUAUUGAAGCAAAAAACCAGGAAGGCUAUACACCACUUUUGCUUGCAAUUACAGAACAUAAUGAAGAAAUGGUAGAUUUUUUCUUAAAGAAUGGAGCAAAUGUGAAUGCCUGUGAUAAUUCCAAAAGAACAGCCCUCAUGAUUGCUGUCAGUACUGAACCAACAAGUAUAGUCAAUCUUAUUCUUCAAUAUAAUAUUGAUCUCUCUUUUCAAGAUAAUGAUGGAUGGACAGCUGAAGACUAUGCUCUUGUCAGUGGUAUUCCUGUUCAUCGGGAACUAGUUCUUCAAUAUGGAAAGAGACAACUUAAUCAGCUCCCUUCAGCCAAUAUCAGUAGACCAGAUGGGGCUUCUGAUAUUGGAUUUACUUUGGGUAAACCUGCCUUGGACAAAGAAGGACAAGAUAUACAAAAGAGCCAUUGCACAGGGCAAAAGAGAAACCAAUCCAGGAAGGACUGAUGCACUUCUAAGCCAAUACAAAGGACUUGAACCUAGUGUGAAGACUCAAGGUUGCGACACUUAACAUACGUUAAUUUUUAAUGUGUCUUAGACUUCUUCUCUUCCCAGCUUCUAUUAGAAUGAGCAGAUAUAAAUAAAAGUCAUAGUAGAUGG